CCUCCCCCCACCUCCUCCCUUUGACCAGAUAGCCCCUCAUGCUGCGCUCAUCUGUGGCCCCGGGUCGCCAAUUGCUGUUGACCUCUGUUCGUCAACGGUCUGCCUCGCAAUGGCUCUCCAGAGCUGGCGCCAGUAGCCGACUAUCCGGUCAGACCGCCUCCCCCAGCGCCCCGACCCCGGCCUCCCCCUCUUCCGACUCCCCAAUUCCCCCGGAGACCGUCUUCAAGCCUGCCACGGAGCAAGGUGUUCCCCCCCCUCCGCCUCCCGCCCCCGUCCGCAAGUCCGGCCGCUUCAGGCGCUUCCUGCUCUACCUGAUCCUCACCUCCGGAUUCGCCUACGGCGGUGGUGUCUUCCUCGCCCUCAAGUCCGACAACUUCCACGACUUCUUCACCGAAUACAUCCCCUACGGCGAGGAGACUGUGCUCUACUUCGAGGAACGGGACUUCUACCGCCGAUUCCCCAACACCCUGACCACCCAGAACCGCAUCGCCUCGCGCCCCAAGGAGGAAGGCAGCCAGGUCACCAUCCCCGGCAAGAGUGGUCUGUCCUCCAAGCUUUCCGCCGAUGACGCCGGCAGCGAUGUCUCCCAGAAGGGCCCCCACAUGAGUGCCGCCAAGGCCGAACAGGCCGGUGAGGCCCAGAUCAAGCCCGAGGCCGCCUCCCCGGCCAGUAAGACCACCGCCGUUCAGCAGGCCAAAUCCGACCACGCCACCAAGGAGGCCAUCCCCCAACCGGCCGCCCCCGCUGUGACCCCGCUGGACUUCUCGCAGGUCAAGGAGGGUGACGAGGCGAUCGUGCAGGAGCUGGUCAAGACCUUCAAUGACAUCAUCACCGUCAUCAGCGCCGACGAGAACGCCGGCAAGUACGCCGGCUCCAUCACCAAGGCCAAGGAGGAGCUGCAGCUCAUCGGCGACAAGAUCGUCGCCGUCCGGGAUGAGGCCCGCCGCGCCGCUCAGGACGAGAUCCACCAGGCCCACGCCACCUUCGACGAGUCUGCCCGCGAGCUGAUCCGCCGCUUCGACGAGGCCCGCGCCCACGACGUCGCCCAGUACCGCGAGGAGUUCGAGAUUGAGCGCGAGAAGCUGUCCCGGGCCUACCUCGACAAGGUCCAGACCGAGCUGCACCGCGCCCAGGAGGUCGCUGAGCAGCGCCUCAAGAACGAGCUGGUCGAGCAGGCCAUCGAGCUCAACCGCAAGUACCUGCACGAUGUCCAGGGUCUCGUCGAGCGCGAGCGCGAGGGCCGUCUCAGCCAGCUCACCCAGCUGUCCGAGGACGUCGCCGAGCUGGAGAAGCUCACCACCGGCUGGAGCGCCGUCAUCGACACCAACCUCAAGACCCAGCAGCUUCAGGUCGCCGUCGACGCCGUCCGCACCGUCCUCGAGCGCUCCCCCGUGCCCCGCCCCUUCAUCCGCGAGUUGGUCGCCGUCAAGGAGCUGGCCGCCGAGGACCCCGUCGUCGAGGCCGCCAUCGCCUCCAUCAACCCCGCCGCCUACCAGCGCGGCAUCCCCUCUACCCCGAUGAUUGUCGAUCGCUUCCGCCGCGUGGCCGACGAGGUCCGCAAGGCCAGCCUGCUGCCCGAGGAUGCCGGUAUCGCCAGCCACGCCGCCAGCAUGGUCCUGAGCAAGGUCAUGUUCAAGCGGGACGCCGUCACCGGCAGCGACGACGUGGAGAGCGUCCUCAGCCGGACCGAGACCCUGCUGGAGCAGGGCCGCCUGGACGACGCCGCCCGGGAGAUGAACAGCCUGAAGGGAUGGGCCAAGAUCCUGAGCAAGGACUGGCUGGGUGAUGUGCGGAAGGUGUUGGAAGUGCAGCAAGCUCUGGAGGUAAUCGAGACCGAAGCUCGCCUCCAGUGCCUGCGAGUUGAGUAAAAAUCCCUUCAAAUGAAUUCAGCAUUUCUUUUGUCUCCUGUAACCUUUUUCUCCCCCCUGCUUCCAGGACCUGUACCUCUAGAUGUGUUCUUUUUUACCGUUGCGUCGCU